GUCCGAAGGGGGAAAAGGAGGGGGGGGGGGGGGGACUCAUUUGGCGACCAAAUCCGCCCCGUUGGCGACCGACUUUUUGUCCCCUCGUAGGGCAGAAUGGAGGCCGAAGGGUUGGAGGCUCUGAGCCGCCAUUUGGCCGCCAAGAUCGGGCUCAUUAAGCGGCUGCUGCAAUUAAGAGGGCUGGGGAGGAGGGAGAUGCUGGCCGAGGUGGGCAUGGAGGUGGCGGUGCUGCAUGGGCUGCUGGGCCGGAUGGAAGAGGAAGUCAAUCAACGGCGGCAAUUAGCGGCCGCCCUGCAGGAGAUGCGGAAGAGGGCGGAGAAGGAGAAGUGGGAGGCGGAGAGGCUGCAGCUCGUUAAGAAGGCCGCCAAGGAGGCGCCGCUCGUUAACGACGCCCCGCUAAUUAGCGACGAGGAGUUCGAGAGCGUUCCCGGCUACAUGAGGGGCCGCCUGACCCUGGCCCAAACCAACGCCGCCCUCCGCGCCCUCCACGCCGCCGCCGCCUCCAAAUACCGCCUCCUCCGCCACCCCCCCAAAUCCCUCCCCUCCUCUUCCCGCGCCCUUUGCCACCGCUUCCGGGAAGAGGAAACCAAAGAGACUCAAGGGCUCACCUUCGUGGUGGAGGCCGACCUGAAGGAGUUCACCCAGCUGAAGGUGGACCGAACCUUCCAUCGCAUCGUCGGCGUCCUCCGCCAUUGCCGACGGCUUCGGGAGGUCAGGGGGGCCCGAUUGGUUCGUUACGUCCUCCCUUAACGAGCCGAGGCUCAUUAGCGGCGCCGCUGAGGGCCGCCGGUUAAUGAGCGGAGCCGUUGCGGGCCUCCUGGGCUUGCUGCUUGCGGAUUAAUGGCGGCUGGAGGACUCAUGGCGGCUGGAGGACUCGUGGCUGGAGGACCAAUGGCGGCCAGAGGGUCCCUCCUCCUUCGUUAUGCCCUUCCGUUAACGAGCUUUGGCUAAUUAGCAUACCUACGUAUGAAUAAAUGAUUGCUAUCGGCUCUUGCGUUGGCGUCUCAUUGGUUGGAUGGGAUUAAUGGCGGCUGGAGGACUCAUGGCGGCUGGAGGACUCGUGGCUGGAGGACCAAUGGCGGCCAGAGGGUCCCUCCCCCUUCGUUAUGCCCUUCCGUUAACGAGCUUUGGCUAAUUAGCAUACCUACGUAUGAAUAAAUGAUUGCUAUCGGCUCUU